CUCUUUCCCUUCUAAAACCAAAUUGGUGGGGCUCCCUCUGAGCGGCGAGCUCCUGACAGGGCUAUAGGUUGCGAUGAGCCGGGAGGGCGGAGGAAAGAUAUAAAUGCGGCGGGGAGGGAAGCCAAGGGGAUUAGUUGAGUCGUCCUCCUCAAGAAGCGAAGCGAGAAGAGCGCUCGAGCGAAGCGGGUAGGCUGAGAGGCAGCUCCUGGAAAAGCCGGGUCGGGAUGAAGGCUGCGGUGUGGGUACUGCUGGGCUGGAUGCUGAGCGGGAAGAGCUUCCAGGGAGAAGCCCAGCCGCUUAUCAAAUGCUAUGAAGAAGAUGGGCCUCAUCCUGAGUUGGAACAAGAACAUAGAUUCACACCAGCAGAUCUUUUUAAUAUCAGCAUCAAGAUUGUUGAAAUUCAAGGAAUGUGUAACUUCAACAUAACUUGGAUCCUUAAUGCAGACGCUAGUAUACAAUACUUGAAGGCAACCAAAAUAUGUGAAUUAAAUCAAGGCUGUAUUCGCUGUGACUACUUAGAAGCAUUUCAAAGUCAAACCAAGUCUGAGCAUCAAAAAUGGCAAUUCAACUUUGUUGGAUUCUCUCUAGAAGAAAAUACUAAUUACUUCAUUGAUGUUUACAACCUUCCACCAACAAAUAUAAAUGAGGAUCAUUCAAAAACACAGAUACAGCUAAUUUCUCCAGACUGUGAAGAUAAUAGCUUGAAAUAUUGCAAAAACUGUAUAGAAAAAGGGAGUUUAUGGAAUCCAAAUAUAACAAUAUGUAACAGGGAAUUUGAAAUAGAAGUGAAUUUUACACCUAGUAACUUUUGUUCUAAAUAUAAAAUACAUCUUUGUGACUCUCAUGAAUGCGAUACUUCAAUUCUUCAUGUUGUGCCUUCUACCAAGGGUAACAGUAAUAGAGUUUCUGAAAAAAUAAGAAUGAAUGAUCAAGAAGGAAAGAUGAUAUUUAAAGAG